AUGCGGCGACGGCUGCGAGCAGCGGAUGCCCAGAGACAUCAGCGAGCAAGCGUCUCUUUAGGAUGCAGCGCAGAACAACACCAAGCGUCGCCAAGAUCGCGUGAAACCAGUGGAGAGAUUCGCGAGCCCAUUGCGAUUGAACAAACGCCGGAAUCUGGUCCCUGGACGUCGGAACAUCCUCGGCAUAUUGCAAGACAAGCGAUCGAGAGGGACGAUGGGCUUGGUGCCACAAGACGACGAUGA